AUGGUCUCAGCAGGUUGUGGCUUUUAUAGGAGGUGGAACAUUCACCUAAAGGAGGAGAAACUCCAUCCACAGAGCUGUCGAGAUGUGGACAUCAUGCUGGAGUACGACUUUGCAGUGAUAGAGCUCCUGUGGGCAAGCCAACCUGAAAGAAUUGGAAGAAGACCAUUCCUGGGUCAUGGAGACCCAUUACUCGAACACUGGCAUGGAAAUGUAGCCUGGGCUGGAAGGCUGGCAUUCCAGAGGCUGAAACAGGAGAACAACUCACUGACAUUUCCUCCUUCUUCUGGGAAGUCAUUUAUCAUGGGAGCAGACGAAGCCCUUGAGAGCGAGCUGGGGCUUGGAGAAUUAGCAGGCCUUACAGUGGCCAAUGAAGCAGACUCUCUAGCUUAUGAUAUAGCAAAUAACAAAGAUGCCUUGAGGAAGACGUGGAACCCUAAGUUUACAUUAAGGAGUCACUUUGAUGGCAUCCGUGACCUUGCUUUCCACCCUAUCGAGCCUGUGUUAAUAACAGCAUCAGAGGACCAUACGAUGAAAAUGUGGAAUCUACAGAAAACAGCCCCAGCCAAAAAGAGUACUUCUCUAGAUGUGGAGCCUAUCUCUACAUUCAGGGCUCACAAAGGGCCCGUGCUGUGUGUGGUCAUGAGUAGCAAUGGCUAACAGUGCUACAGCGGCGGGACUGACGGGCUCAUCCAGAGCUGGAGCACAACCAACCCCAACGGCGACCCCUUAGAUCCUUCGGUUCUAAGAGGCCCUCUGCUGGGUCACACGGACGCGGUGUGGGGGCUGGCCUACAGUGUGGCACACCAGCGCUCGCUGUCCUGCUCAGCAGACGGCACUCUUCGCUUAUGGAAUACAACUGAGGUUGCUCCAGCACUGAGUGUUUUUAAUGAUAACCAAGAACUGGGAAUCCCUGCUUCUGUGGAUCUGGUGAGCAGUGACCCGAGCCAUAUGGUAGCAUCGUUCAGUAAGGGAUAUACAAGCAUCUUUAACAUGGAAACACAGCAGCAAAUUCUCACAUUAGAAUCUAAUGUCUAUUCAACAUCCAGUUCUUCCUGCCAAAUAAACAGAGUCAUCAGUCAUCCCACCCUCCCAAUCAGCAUCACUGCUCAUGAAGACAGGCACAUCAAAUUCUACGACAACAAUACAGGCAAACUGAUCCACUCGAUGGUGGCCCACCUAGAAGCUGUGACAAGCCUGGCAGUUGACCCGAAUGGCCUGUACUUGAUGUCUGGCAGUCAUGACUGUUCAAUAUGCUUGUGGAAUUUAGAAAGUAAGAUGUGUAUCCAGGAGUUCACAGCUCAUCGGAAAAAAUUUGAAGAAUCGAUUCAUGAUGUAGCAUUCCACCCUUCCAAAUGCUAUAUAGCCAGCGCUGGAGUCGAUACCCUGGCUAAGGUGUUUGUAUGA